UUUGUGCUGCCAACUCGCCGCCAUCGCGUGUUGUCUUUGUCAAGCAAACAUCAGCCAGCACAUCAUGGUGCUACUUACUCGACUGGGGCCAAACUCGCUCCGGCAGGUGGCCUCUGGGGCCAAUACUCUGGCAUCAAAGACGUGGGGUGUCAGUUCCUACAGUCCCAGGGACGAGAACGGCCAAUCGCAAGACUUCUACCGGCAAUCGAUCAUCGAUCAGUCGUCGAUCGAUUCACAGCCAUUGGAGGGAGCAAAAACCUUGAAGUAUUGGAGCGGUCAGCAACGUCCGGUCGGUCUGUUCGGACAUGGCAAGACGGAGAGCAUCGCCUCGUUCCUGAAGGCCAAGGUCAAGCCAUGGUGCCUCAACUCGAACGUCUGCUGGGUGCCUUGUGCCAGAUACGCCAAACUUCCAGAGACAUUGCCUCCCUAUGAAGCGCCCAUAGACAACACAGGUGUAACCUACAUGCACGACCUGGCAAAUGAAGACGCCGAGAUAGUUCGAGAACUUUCCUACCAGUCAAUGAAAGCAGUCCUAGACAGUCAUAAAAUUAAAAAAGCCAAAAGGACGAAGAAGAAACACAAAUAUACAUCCCUCUACGGAUCCACGCUGGAGGAUUUGGUGGCUAAAGAAGUGAAGGAGGGUAAAGCGGUGAAAAAUUAUGCGGUGCCAUCUUUCUUCAUGCAGAUGGCCCAGGACAUUGAGGUCAGAGGGACGACAAAAGAAGGUAUUUUUAGAAUACCUGGUGUACACACAAAGAAAUUUAAAGAAGACGCAGAAGCCAAUUUCUACAAAGGAAGUUUCGACCUGACAAGCUAUGAACCCAAAGAAGUGGCGUCUGGCUUGAAAGCUUUUCUGCGAGAUCUGCCCGAGAGUUUGAUCAGCCACGAGAAAUUAGAAUUUUUCCCAAGAAUCUCGGAUAUUCCCUUAACGGACCAACUGAAGGUUCUCAAUUUGUUUUACAACACAAUGCAGGUAGAACAUCGGGACACGCUGAGGGUGCUGAUUUAUAUGAGUAUGAGCGUAAACUACAGCCCAGUCACCAAGAUGAACGACAAGAACAUGGCCGUCGUGUUUGGCCCCAACGUUAUGCUCAUCCCCAAGCAGAAGGAUCUCACCCAGGAAGCGAAGUGGACAGAGGAAAACCUUGGCUUCACCAGGCUAUACUUUACUUACUGUGAUAAACUGUGGGUGAUCCCUCCUCCUAUACUAAACCAACUACGUCAAAAAUACAUAUCCGGUACUAUCAGCAAGAAGAAACCACUUUUCCCAUGGAAAAAGAAGGCUGCACCAUCACCAGCAGCACCCACAGCUGCUAUGCAAGCUUUGAAAGAGGCAAGCAUUGAUGUACACGCCCCAGAGCUGGCUAAAAAAGAAGCUACAGUCAAGAUCACGCCGACCACCACAGCCAACGAUGUUGUCGACAUUUUUGGUGUGGCCACCAAAAUACACAAAAGGACGAUAAACCAACAAUUGGCCAGCCGUGAAAAAGAUAUUUAUUAUUUGUAUGAAGUUGGUGGGAACAUUGCUGAGAGAUGUAUCGACCCACAUGCCAAGGUACUUGACGUGUACAAAAUCAACCCAGAAGCUGAGUUCUGUAUCCGGCCUAAAAAGGGGAGAUAAAUCUAACGGAACGGGAAAAAAUGUCGGUCAGAUGCAAGAGCAGUAACUCUUGUUGCAAUUUAAACUCAAUGCAGUAAACAAUUUUAAUAUUGUAAUUUAAAAUUAUCUCAUUUAUAACAUCAUAGUAAAUAUUGACUACUUUGAUAAAUUUAAUUUUAAUAGGUAACUAUUGAAAUAGAAUGUCUCUAAAGUUUGUUGGUUGUUUAUUGUGCGUGUGUGUACAUCUAAACCUCUAGCCACUUGUAAUAGCAAUAAAAGCUUAUCAUAACUCAA